AUGGCUGAUGAUGCCCGUCGAGAAAUCACCAAUCUACACUACAAGCUGCAAGUUAUACAGUCAUUUAUCAUAAUACAAACAGGAGAAGUAAGGAUGACAAUAAUCUCCCCACUCCCCUUUUCUUCUCCCAAAAAUAGAAAAGAGGAAAAAAAUGAAAAUGAAAAAGAAGGAGAAGAAGAGGUAGAACAGAGGAAGAAGAAGGAGAAGGACAAGGAGAAGGAGAAAAAGAAGAAGAAGAAGAAGAGGGAGAAGAGAAUGGCAAAAGCAACACAACGAUAUUUUUUCCUGAAAAGAAGUACAGAAACAGUAAAAGGAAAAGAAUGGAAACAUGGAGAAGACGAGGAAAAAAAGAAGAAGAGGGAAGAAUUGCCUAUUUACGGCUAUAAGCAUCCAUUCUUCUACACUUUCCCCUCAUCCUAUCCCCGUACUCCUCGCUCCUUCUUGCCCUAUCGUCCGUCACCUUUCCUCGUCGUUCACUCUUCGUUCAACCCACCACCGAAUUCUCAAGCAAUCAGCCUAGUCAACUCCAGCGAAAUGUCAGUGCAAAUUGGAGAAGAAAUUACUGGAAAAAAACUAUGA